AUGGGACGUCGAACGACGACGAGGAAUCUCGACGUUGAUCAAACAGAGGCAUUAGCGUACGAUGGGGACGACAACACACCCUCAAAGAUUGGUCAAUAUCUCCACAGAGUACAUUCGGCAUCUGUCAUUGCGAGAUACGCGCUCUACAUCCUGCCGGUGUCCAUGCUUCUGGCUGUACCAAUGAUAGUGACAGCCAAUGCUCCUUACAGAGCCGAUGGCAUUCGUCUGCUCGGACUGUUCAUCUGGAUCGAGAUCAUAUGGCUUACUUUUUGGGCAUGCAGAAUUACUUCUAAGGCGAUGCCUUUUGUCUUUCAGGCAGCGUGUGGGCUCCUCAGCAGCGGGAUACGAAAGUACUCGCUGGUGCUUCAGACACUGGAAAUCCCCACGUCGAUUCUCCUCUGGUGUAUCAUCGCUUUUGCGGCGACCGAUGUCAUUUUCGUGUUCGACAAAGAAGACUAUCACCACCAGAAGAAAGGCCAGUGGGUCAGGGUACUCAAGCACAUCUGCCAGGCUAGCAUCAUUGCAGCAGCCAUUUUCGUAGUUGAGAAAACCAUCAUUCAGCUGAUCUCGAUUGCGUAUUAUCAGAAACAAUACGCCCACAAGAUUCGAGAGAGCAAGAGAUUGAUUCGUCUUCUUGAUCUUCUCUACGAUGCCUCGCGUACACUCUUCCCCGAGUUUGGCAGAGAAUUUGCACGCGAAGACAUCGAAAUUCACAGAGAGACCUUUAUCGAUCUGCGAGCCAAGAUGGAGACUAAUGGCAUUAGUCUUGGGAGCAAGGUUCUGGGUGGCGUCCACAGAGCCAGAGACAAGGUCACUGCGGCGAUCGGUACUAUCGCGAGCGAUGUGACAGGCCGUCACAUUUCCAAUACCUCCAACGCUCACUCUAUCGUAUCCAAGGCUCUGGAGACGGAGAGGGCGUCGAAGGCGUUGGCGAGGAGGCUUUUUUCGUCUCUUUGCUCGGUGGGACAGGAAGCCAUAUACAAACAAGACGUCCUCGAAGUCCUUGGACCAGGAAGAGAAGCUGAUAGCGAAGAGAUAUUCAACAUACUUGACCGAGACGGCAAUGGAGAUGUCAGUAUUGACGAAAUGACCAUGCUCAUCGUCGGCUGCGGUAGAGAACGCAAAGAUCGUGCAAGUAGUAUCCAGGACAUUUCUUCCGCUAUUGCAGUACUCGAUAGGAUUAUGACCAUUAUCGUCAUCAUUGCAAGCGGAUUCAUAUACGCCAUCUUCUUCAGCAAGACUCUCGUGACGAAAAGUCUCCAACUCUGGGCGUCAGUCAGCGGUCUGUCGUUUAUGAUUGGCGGCACCGUGACGGAAUUCAUUGCGUGUUGUAUAUUUUUGUUUGUGAAACAUCCUUACGAUGUGGGUGAUCGGAUCAAUAUCACGAAUCCCCAAAUGGAAGAGUCGGAACUCGUCGUCAAGCAUAUCAGUUUGAUGUACACCAUCUUCAAUCGUGUGGACAACGAAGCGAUCGUCCAAAUCCCUCACAACGUCGCCAACAAAUUCUGGAUCGAAAACAUCACCCGCAGCAAAGCCAUGAAGGAACGCAUCUCCCUCUGCGUCUCCUACCUAACCAGCAUGGAAGACAUCCUCACCCUCCGCCAGGAAAUGGAACACUUCGUCACCGCCCCAGAAAACAGCCACGACUUCCUCCCCGACUUCGACAUUGAACUCCAAACCAUCCAAGACCUGCGCAGCCUCGAACUCCGCAUCGAAAUCCGCCACAAAAGCAACUGGGCCAGUGACAAAGUCCGACUCCACCGACGCAACAAAUUCCUCUGCGAGCUCUUGGAGGCUUUACGGCGUGUGGGCAUUGAAAGACCCGGAGAUACUCCUGGACCGGAUAAUCCGAGUUAUGUGGUUGAGUUGAGGAAUGACGAGACCAUGGAAUUUAAGAAGGAGAAGCAGGAGAAGGUGAAAGAGAGGAAAAUUAAGCAGGGUAGAGUGACGUUGGAGGAGGUUUUGCCGACGGGAUUGAAUGCCGCGCAGGAAAUGUUUCCGGGGUUGAAGAAGAGGAGUGUGCUGGAACAGGAACAGGGGAGAAGACCUUCGAUGUGGUCGCCGAUUUGA